GACGUCGUAAAGGCCACGUAGUGUGUUGCCAAGGUGGUAAGCCGAGAGCGAGCAAGAGCUGCGGCUUAGUUGAAUGGAGGAAGGUGAGGUAGCGGCCACCGGCGCGGAGGGAGCAGGCGAGGAAGAGGAGGGGCCUGCGGCUUCCGCCCCUUCCUCAAGCCCUUUCCCCGCGGGCAAGGAGGCCGUCCGCCUCACCGAGUCAUGCUGACCGCGGCUUGGCUGUGCAGAGGCGCCGCCUGCAAGUGGAGCGUCCUGAGGAGCGCCAGCCCGGCACGGCCCGUCGCGGCCACCGUAGCGGCGGCAGGGGCCGCGGCCAUCGUCGCGCGCCGCAGCAACAGCCGCUCUCGAGCGUCGCUCGCGGCCUCCUCGUUGGCCGGCCUCGCGGCGCCCUCUCCCCCCUCUUCGCCGUGCGGGAGCCACCGGCGGUUACUGCGCGUGCGCGAGCGUAGCUCGGAACUCUUGGUCGGCCGAACCUCAGCCGGCGGCUUCCCUUCUGGCGGAGCAGGACAGCCAAGGCGCUCUCGCAGCAGCGAUGAAGGAGCCUCUCGGCCGCCGGGAAAGUCCUCGGAGCUGGACGCUGGGAGAGCGGACCGAGAGCGACGCGCCGAACUGUAUGAAAACCCCUGGACAGUCCCGAACUUACUUUCGAUGGCAAGGAUUGGCCUGGCACCAGUUUUGGGCUACUUGAUUGUUGAAGAAGAUUUCAAUAUUGCGUUGGGUGUAUUUGCCCUGGCUGGCAUCACCGAUUUGUUGGAUGGCUUUAUUGCACGGAACUGGGUCAGCCAAAAAUCUGUACUGGGGAGCGCCUUGGACCCUCUGGCUGAUAAAGUACUUAUUAGUGUCCUAUACAUUAGCAUGACUUACGCGAAUCUUAUUCCAGUUCCUCUUACUUCUAUGAUCGUUGUAAGGGACAUUGCGUUAAUUGCUGCUGUUUUUUAUGUACGGUACAGAACGCUUCCUCCACCAAGAACGCUUAGUAGAUAUUUCAAUCCGUGUUAUGCCACUGCUCAGUUAAAGCCGACAUUUAUUAGCAAGAUGAACACAGUAGUACAGCUAAUCUUGGUGGCAGCUUCGUUAGCAGCUCCAGUUUUCAAUUAUGUGGACAGUGUAUAUCUUCAAACGUUAUGGUGCAUCACGGCUUUCACAACGGCAAUGUCUGCAUACAGUUACUAUCAUUAUGGCCGAAAGACAGUUCAGGUGCUAAACAACAAAUGAAGUCUUGCGGCGUGGCUGCUCGUGACCCAUUGGGCUUACCUUGGAAUGGUGUUGCCUGCGGCACAUCUGGACAGUGGAUAAAAGGACGUUCUUUUUGAAUAAUUUUGUCUCAGUGUCCUCACAACAGAGCUAAUAUGAAGUUAAUAUGAAGUUUCGAUCAUGUAAAUACGCAGAAUUUUCAAUGUAAUUUUUCAGUUUGUUACAAAUAAAAUAUAAUUUUGUACGUUAGUGUACUUAAAACACAUGUGGAGGUGAGUGCCUGAUGUCAUGUGUUUUGCAGAUGGGUUUUCAGACGCCUGCAGUUCAUUUCGGAGGGUUUGAAGUAGUUGCUCUGCUCCCUUUGGUAGGUCUGAAUUGAAACUAGUCUGUCAUGGAAUACUUGGCACAAGCAGAGCCCAGCUGAAUUGGAAUGGGGUAAAUAGUAGCAUUCCUUCUACUAACUGAGGCAU